AUAAUAUUAUUAUUAUUAUUUUAUUAUUAUUAUUAUUAUUAUUAUUAUUAUUACUUGGCAGAUCCAGGAUCGGACUGAGUGAGUGAGAUGCCUCCAUCGGUGACACAGCCCCUUCAUAUUUCGCGCUGGCUCCACCGCCUAGUUCUGUGGUUGCGUGGAAACUAAGCAGCUGCACAGUCCGCCCGGAGCUGCAGGCGCAUUUCCAGCGGCGCGUCGUGGUGCCUGCUGCCGGAGCGGCUCUCGGGAACAAGUUGGAAGCGGCUCGCAGGAGAGGAGCCCAUGGACGAGAAGCAGAACACUGACGGGGCUGUGGAGCGAGCCGAUCUGCCGGACCGUCUUGUCGUGGACACUCGCUUGGUGGACGCAUCAUGAGAAGGAGAGGGAAAGCUGCAAAGACACUCAACAGCUACUGGGGAAGUUGAUGUGGACUUCACUCCGAGCAGCCAGGUGGUCUUUCCUGGAGCAUGCCCACUUACCACAAUGUCCCUACUUGCAGGCUGGUUACUGCGCCACUCGGUGGUCAUGUGUUUGCUGCUGCACAGCCUGGUGCUAAUGACCUUCUGCUUCCACAACGCCGCCACCAGUUGCUCCAAGAGCUGCUACUGCUCUGAGAGCGAGAGCAGUGGCAAGACGGUGCGCUGCAGCAAUCUGCAGCUCACGGAGAUUCCCCAGGACAUCCCCAAUGACACGCAGCGCAUCUAUUUGGACUUCAACCUCUUCACUACAGUCCCGGCAAAUGCGUUUGCGGGUUUGCCUCAUUUGGUUGAACUGGAUCUUUCGCACAAUGAAUUGAGCCAGCUAGAACCAGGGGCUUUCCGAGGCCUGGGCUCCUCACUACAUUUCCUGGACCUGUCCUCCAACAAGUUAGUUAAGUUUAUCCCUGAGGCCUUUGAGGGCCUGAGGGCUCGCGCCAAUCUCACAAACAAUCCAUGGCACUGUGACUGCAACUUGCAGAUGGCCAUGCCUCGUGUCGACCUGGAGCCUGCAUCACUGACUGGCAUUGUGUGCCAGACUUCGGAUCCCAAGGAAAUAGGAGUUCAAGGACUUGCCUUCCUGUUAGCACCCGACAUAGAUCUAUGUGUGGUGAUGAAGAGGACUACGGAUGUGGCCAUGCUGGUGGUAAUGUUUGGCUGGUUCUCCAUGGUCAUCUCCUACCUCGUCUACUAUGUCCGGGCUAACCAGGAGGACGCCCGCAGGCACCUGGAGUAUCUCAAGUCAUUGCCCAGCAAGCCGAGCAAGUCAGAGGAGUCUUCCACCAUUAGUACUGUGGUAUAGGGUGGAUGGAGUCACAUCUGGAACAUGAACCCACCCAAACCGGAUGGAGCUACAACCUGCAAUUACACAGUCGUCAUCAGUCGCAGGCGGUUGGGCUCAGGUGCUGACGCAGAGUCAAGGUGGGCGAGGAGACAUAUGCCUGCACAGGAAAACCAGGCUGAUGCAACCUAGCCCAGAUGAAUAAUUCAUCUUCCAGCUGCCCAUUAGGAGUUUUUGUUGGCCGAGUUGAUGGUCCAGUACUCAGAGGGAGAAAAAAGCAGCUGUGGGUUUGUGUUGAACUACAAAUAUGGGAUACAAAUGGGAUUUAUCCAGUGGUGCAUGCACCCUGACGCAACACUUUCAUUCACAGACAAUUCAGGAGGCAAAGAGCCAUAUGAAUGGAGGGUAACAGCAGCGCCAGAAUGAGGAACUUUGUGAUCUGUAAUCCGUUCAAUUCUUACAGUAUU